GAAUUAGUGUAGUCUUUAUUUUUGUCUGUUCGAAUGGCUAUGAAUUUAAUAGACGUUGAAACAGAAUAUGCCAAAGACACAAAUCUCAAAAAGGAAGAUGUCAAAAUUCUUCUAGAAUGGGUGAACAAGCAGCCACAUUUACCCCUAACCUCUGAACUACAGGUGAUAUUUUUCUUCAAAAAAUGCCACUAUAGCAUCUAUGCUGCUAAAGCAACAAUCGACACAUUCUUCACUACAAAAAAACUAUGGCCUGAUGUACUUCUAGAAAGAAAUUUUGCAAAAUCGCCUCUGAAACCAGUUCUGGAUACCAUACUUUACUGCGUGCUACCAAAAACGACACCCGAAAAUUACAAAAUCAUUUUCCUGAAAACAAUCAACCCAAACGUGGUGGACUACAGUUUCGAGACUUUGUUUAAAUAUCUGGAUAUGAGCUGCAUGUUGGACUUGCAUCAAAAUGGUAGUUCGAAAGGACACUUGAUUCUUUUUGACAUGGAAGGAUUUCCUCGGGCGUACGUUCCAAAGAUUAGUACUCUCACAUUCAAGAAAUAUUUCCACUACAUGCAAGAAAUCAUGCCCAUAAUGGAACUCAAAGGUUUUCACUUUGUCAACGUUGUACCAUUUAUGGAUGAAAUACAGACUGCUUUUGAACCCGGUUUACCAAAAUCGCUUCUAUCUCGAGUUUUUUUGCAUGAAUCUGUUGAGGAUUUAAUGAAGCAUAUACCAAGGGAAUGUCUGCCGAAAGACUACGACGGCUUGAUGGAGUCUGUAGCAGUUUUGCAUGAAAAAACCAAACGUAGUUUGCUGGAAAAUUCAGAGUUUUUUGAGUGGCAGGACAAGCAGAUAGUUGAUGAAAGCAAGAGACCAAAUAAAAAUACAACUCACGGAUACAUUUUCGGGUUCGGGAAUGAGUUUAACGGUGACAAUGAAUCCGGCUUUGUUCAUUUUUGACUUUUGUUAAAAAAAUGAGUUUUGCAAUUAUAAUAAAAGUAGACUAGUGAAA